CAGGCGAAAAUUCACUGAAUAGACAGUUCAUAUGAAGGAAAUUUUUUCAACUACUUAAUCAAUGUUAUUAUUGCUGAUCUGAACAAUGAGUUGUACAAAACAAAUAAAUAAAACGUCAGUACCGAUGAAUAAACUCAGCUUCUAAUUAUUGUUGCUCAAUCUUUGUCAUAUGGCAUUGAAAAUGAUUAAAUUUAUGAAAUGAAAUUGGAUUUAAUCAACUCAAGAAGUUUAAAAAAAUGCCAUCAAUAUCAUUUAACUGAAUUUAUAGAUCUUUUUGAGUAAAUAUUUAUUUAUGCAUCUGAAUGGAUAAAUUGCAAUUAAUAUAAUUCUCUUCAGUUUUCAUUAUCUAUGAAUUGAAAAUUAGCCAAUCUCUACACUGUAUAUAAUAGUUUGAUAUUUGUUAAAUGAAAGUCUUUCAUUGGAAGGGUGGGUGUUUUGUACUUCUUGUACAUUUUUGCAAGGUUGCCAAAAAUGUUUUGCCCGGGAGAGAGAGAGAGGGGGGGUGAAGCUGCAACUCCAACAGCAAAUGAGUUCAACAUGAAAUUUUAUACCAAAUGAAAGCUCUUCGAAAACGGGGUUUACCAGUAUGAAUAGUAAUUGAUACAAUGAUAAUGAGCUACAGAAUUUCCAAAAUUUCGAAGCAAUACUUGAGAGUCCAUUCUUCAAUAAAGUGUCAAUUUAAUGACUUGAUAAAAGUAAACGUGUGUAAGACUUUCACUCGACGUGUAAGAUAUGGAUGAGGUAAACUUAGGGUCGAAUUAUGACGACACACAUAAUUUAUUGUAAUAUGUAAUUGCUGCACUGAAUGUGAUAAUGAUUGCAUGCUCAUCAGACGAAGUAGAUUGCCGGCUGUUACAAUUGUGAUAUGUACAUAGGCUAGAUGUGCUUGUAUCGUUUUAAAACGCCAAUGAUAUUUUUUUUCCGAAAUCAAGCCAUUGAAGAGCAGACAAAUAACAAAGAACAUUUUGUACGAAAUCGUAUAAAUUUCAUGAGGUAUAAUAAGAUUCUUCUCCUAUGUCUUCCUUGGAAUAUGAAAAACAAAAACGUAAAUAAACAUGUAUAACGUAUCAUUCAUAUGUUCACUCCUUAUUUUUAGGGUAUGGGUGUGGGUGCACCCACACCCCCGAUAAAUAAGACAACCAUCUAUCAAUCGAAACAACAGACGUAUCAGUAGUUGAGAAAUCAAUAUGACGAAUAUGUGCACAAAGAAGAACAUUCAAGCGACGAUUGUACAAUUGACCAAACGCAUGUAAUAGAUCUAUUGAAUGGAGAUAAAUGGAAAUGUGAUCGAGUAACAGCUCAUUGGACAACGAAAGUAGAACUGUUGGUUCUAAAAAACGAAAAUCUCUAACUCAUGAAUGAUUAAAUUUUAACAGACGAUUACUCACUGUCUAUUCUUAUCUUUGCCACAUGGUCUCUUGAUCUCGAACAUGUUCAGUUUUUUACAACGUAAUUCAUUGUUCACUCUCUUUAUAUCCUAUUAGUUGUUGCAUUUUAUGAUUCGAUAAUAUUAAAUAGUUGGUCAUCAUACAAGCCAUCUUAUAGUAUUAUCAAUUUUACCAUUGAAGGAAAAAAGUGACAUUUGUUCUUUCUUAGUUUCAUCAGUGAUAUCAAUUGUUGAAAUGGUUAUAGUAAAAAAAUAUCACACGUUGUUCAAGACGUUUCAUUCAUCUAAUAUCUAGUUUAGACACGUGAUUCGUCUUGUUUCAUACAUAUAAGUGGAUAAUAGAUAGUGACGCAUCUUCUUUAUUAUUAUUUGAAAUGAACACGUGAUGAGUCUUAUGCAGAUGUUUAGUAUUUUUUUCAAUUUAUAAGUACCCAUCCUUUUUUUUGCAUAAAAUUUAAUCAUCUUAAAAAUGAUCUAUCCGAGAGUAUCUCAAUUUUGAAAUUGAAUUUGAUUUUUUUUUAAUAUUUAUUAAUAAAUACAAAAUAGACAUUAAUAAUUUAUUCAAAUGAGAGUAAACAAUAAUUACUAUUUAAAGAAAUCAACUUCCUUUUUUUUGAUAAUAAAUUAGAUGUCUUUAUGACUUAAUUCAAAUAUUUAACAUUCGAAAAAUUCUAUUAUCAAUCAUAUCAAACAAAUAAACCUUAGAAGAAACAACUGACUUUCACACUUCAGAAGUUUUAGGAGACUUUAAAGCAAUUUAAAUCACAGACUAAAGAUUACAAAAGACUUGUGAAAACUUGAUCAUCGAAGUCUCGUGUUUUCUCUUGAAAAAACAAAGCAAAGAUAAGUAUUUUGUCGUUAAUCACGUGAAGAGAUAUCUUUAAUUGAUAAGUAGGUGAAGAAUAAAAAGCUUAUAAAACGAUUUCGAAUAAAACAAAAGAAGACGCUUCGUUUUUUUUUCUGAUUCUUUAUUCUCUUUUGUGUUUAUUUUUGUUGAAUUAAAAAGAGAAAUUGAAGUUAAUUCAAUAAGAUCUACAAAUCGUCAACCAUGGUCAAUGCCACAAUCGAUCAAUAUAAGAAAUUAACAUUUUUCUCGUCAUUCAGAUGCAUUUCAUUUUCUUUACAAUUCGACAAGUUAUCAAGAUGAUCUAUUCAUAAAUGCUUUCGAAAGAUAUUAUCAAUUAAUUUUCUUUCCACAAACCCAUUUAUAUUAUUUAUUAAAUAAAUCUUCAAUAAAUAAAAAUACUUUCAAAUAUAAUUUUGACAAAAUAUUAUUCAAAGCUAAUGAUACAAUUAUGCUUAACCGUCUCAAUGUUAAUAUUCAACAAUCAUCUGAUCAAUGGUCAACUCUUCAAUCAAAUGAAACUUAUAAUUUAUUUACAAAUAUUCUGAUUAACAAUUUAAAACGAUAG